AUGGCGAAGGUGAAUGCGGUCUCCCAGGAGAUACUGAUUGACGUGAAAGUUGGAAUUAUUCAGCCGGAACUGAAACGAGACGAGAUUCUCAAGAAUCACGUCGACGUUGUUGGGAUCUUGAAGAUUCUAGAGAAUCUUGAUGAUUGGAUCACUAAGAAGAUCCGGAAAAACGCUGAAAUAUCGGCAAAUCUGGAGUUGGUGACUCGGAACACUAAGAGCUUGCAAGAACACGCAGCUCAAAAAGAGUUUGUUAAACUUGCCAAAAGACUUGGUUACAUGAGAACUGAGCUAGAAGGUAUCAUCGAUUCAUUGCCAGAAUCUCCUAAUGGAAGCAAGAAGGAAGGUGCGCAAACAAAUAACUUUGUGAAUCCGAAAGAAUCGAAAGUUGCUAAUACGGUAUCCUGUCAAAGCAACCAGAACGAACAUGAAACUGAUUUUGGACAGACUAAAAGCUCUUGAAACAAGAUUGGACGUUUUUGAACCCAGCAACAAAAAACCAUGUGAUGGUAAUAAGAAAAAGUGAAACGCUGAAACAAAGUACAGUAGUGAUGACUCGGAUGCGAUGGAAAGCUACAGCGAUGGUAGCGUUGUUGUAUUGAAAGAUAGUGUUAGAAGUAAUACAUCCAGUUCGGAACUAUUGAAAAUGUCGACAAUUGCAAAACAGGAGCGUCCACAAAAGCGUUAUCUGAAAAUGAAACUCCAAGAACCAAAGAAAUUUGACGGAGUAAACAAGCUUGAGUAUGAGGAAUGGAAAAUCAUUUUCAAGGAGGGAUACGGAGAAAAUCCAGAACUUUCAAGUUAGUCAAAGUUAAUCCAAUUGAAAAGCUGUGUAACUGGAAGAGCCCAAUCAUUGUUGAACGGUCUCCAAAUUACCAACAAAAAUUACAAAGUUGCCUGGAAAAUUCUGGAUCAUAACUUUUUGUCGAAUUCUCGACCAUUGGAUGAAAUUGAAAAGAGAUUUAGAAACGCCAAAAUUGACCAGGAAAACUAUGAUAAGAUGAAACUUGACAUUGGAAUUAUUACAUCUCUGGUGUAUGACAUGAAAAAUCGUGGACUGAACGUUGAUACUCCAUCGAUUUAUCAAUCGAUUAUUCGGAAAUUGCCAACUUCUAUUGCAGAAAAAAUAAAAAUCAGCCAGAAAAGAUUUUGCUAUAUCAAAAAUUGGAACCUAUGGUACUGAAACAGUUGGAAAUAGUGUUCACGGCGAGAGACUGCCAAAAAAUGUCAAAAUUGGAGUUGCUUAUCACAACGCUGAUAUAGUCUCCAGAAAUAAAUUUGCUAUUGAGAUAAUUGUGACCAAGAAAGAUACCAUCCCAGAAAAGGCUACCGUGAACCGAGAUGUCUCUACGUGCCAUCUUUUUGGGGCCGGGAGUGUCGCGAACUCAGUGAAUAAUAAAUAUUCCCUUCUUCACGACUUUCAUAUUAGUAUCUUUUCCCGUUCAAUUACACAAUUAUCUCUGUUAAAAGUCGUCAUCUUCAUCGCCUUCACACCACGAGACGCCCCGGGACCGUUUGAAUUGCCGCCAUCUACCGUACUCCACCUGCACAUCUAA